AUUUAAUGUCAUUUUUCUUUCUUUCCAGUUGGUUGGGGGUGAGUUUGACAUGGAACUAAAUUUUGUCAUUCAACAGCCGCAAAAUAUAGUUCAUAUGUUAGAUUUGUUGGAUCACUGCCCGUCCAAUUUGCAGGCUGAAGUGUGGAGUGUAUUUAUUGCAAUUUUAAGGAAGAGUCUUCGAAAUCUUCAAGCUUGUACAGAUGUUGGACUUAUCAAACAUGUUCUGUCUAGGUUACCACGUGUUGAAGAAGUUGUAGCAGAUCUCUUGAUUGAAAUUUUAGGAGUUUUAGCUAGUUAUAGUAUAACUGUUAGAGAGCUUAAGCUUUUAUCUGGUUGUAUGAAAGCAGAAAAUGGAAAGUGGCCAAGGCAUUCUGUUAAACUUUUAUCAGUAUUAAGACAGCUACCACAGAGGCAUGGCCCAGAUACAUUCUUCAGCUUUUCAGGCAAAAAGGGUGCUGCAAUUGCGUUAUCUCCAUUAGCAAGGUGGCCAUACCAGAAUGGUUGGACCUUUAGCACAUGGUUUAGGUUAGAUCCAAUAAAUAGUGUGAAUAUUGAAAGGGAGAAACCUUACCUCUUUUGUUUUCGCACAUCAAAAGGGGUUGGUUACUCUGCACAUUUUGUAGGUAAUUGUCUUGUAUUCACAUCCAUGAGAGUAAAAGGCAAAGGUUAUCAACACUGUGUAAAAUAUGAAUUUCAACCACGUAAGUGGUAUAUGAUUGCUAUUGUAUAUAUUUAUAACCGUUGGAGCAAAAGUGAGAUUAAAUGCUUUGUAAAUGGGCAGUUGGCAUCAACUACAGAGAUGAGCUGGCUAGUGAAUAAUAAUGAGCCUUUUGAUAAAUGUUACAUUGGUGCUGCUCCUGAACUGGAGGAAGAGCAUGUGUUCUGUGGUCAGAUGUCAGCUAUGUACUUAUUUAGUGAAGCCCUAACUACUCAUCAAAUCUGUGCCAUCCAUAGAUUAGGUCCAGGUUAUCAGAGUCAAUUUAGAUUUGAAGGUGAAGCCAGUUCAUCCUUACCUGAAAAUUUAAAAAGGGUAUUAUAUGAUGGUAAACUUUCAAGUGCCAUAGUUUUCAUGUAUAAUCCGGUAGCAACUGACAGUCAGUUAUGUUUGCAAGCUGCUCCUAAAGGAAACAUUUCCUAUUUUGUCCAUACACCUCAUGCUCUGAUGUUACAAGAUGUUAAAGCCAUUACCACUCAUUCCAUCCACAGUACUUUGAAUUCUAUCGGAGGCAUACAGGUAUUGUUUCCAUUGCUGGGACAACUAGACAUUCCAACAGGCAUUUCUUUGUCUAGAAACCAAGACAAGAAGCCAACAACAUGUGCUACAUUGAUUGGCUUUGUUUGUGAUUUGGUUGAGAAUUCUCCAACCGUCCAGCAACAUAUGAUCCAGAAUAAAGCUUUUCUGGUCAUCAGCUACUUGCUACAAAAGGCAUCUAGAGAUCACAUUACAGAAGAAGUGUUGUUAUCAUUUUUAAAUCUCACAAAGUAUUUGGUCACAGUAAACAACAGCAAUAGUGAAUUACUAUUGAAACAGUUACUUGACCAUAUCUUAUUCAAUCCGGCCCUGUGGAUUUACACCCCUACUACCGUUCAAACAAAAUUAUUUACUUACCUUGCGACUGACUUUUUGGCGGAUACACAAAUCUACAGCAAUGUACGUCGCAUAAGCACUGUCUUGCAGACAAUGCAUACAUUAAAAUAUUAUUAUUGGGUGGUGAAUCCAAGAAAUAAAAGUGGCAUAACUCCCAAAGGGAUAGAUGGCCCCCGUCCUAACCAGAAUGAUAUAAUGUCCAUUCGAGCAUACAUUUUGUUAUUUUUGAAACAACUGAUUUUAAAAGGAAAUGGUGUCAAAGAAGAUGAAUUACAAAGCAUUUUGAAUUAUUUGACUACCGUCCAUGAGGAUGAAAAUCUUCACGAUGUUCUUCAAAUGCUAAUGUCAUUGAUGUCAGAGCAUCCUGCCUCUAUGGUCCCAGCUUUUGAUAUUAAAAAUGGAAUUAGGACAGUUUUUAAACUUCUUGCAUCAACAAAUGAGGUCAUUCGGUUGCAAGCUCUAAAGCUUUUGGGUUAUUUCUUGAGUAGAAGUACACAUAAGCGAAAGCAUGAUGUGAUGGGUCCACAUAAUUUGUACAUGCUGCUCGCUGAAAGACUGCUUCUACAUUCGGAUCACAUUUCCUUAUCAACAUACAAUGUCUUAUAUGAGAUUCUGACAGAGCAUGUGUCGAGCCAAAUUCUGUAUCAAAAACAUCCUGAGCCAGAAUCUCAUUAUAGGCUGGAAAACCCAAUGAUAUUGAAAGUUAUUGCUACAUUAAUACGUCAGUCAAAACCUUGUGAAGAACUUAUGGAAACAAAAAAACUCUUCCUGUCCGAUAUGACUUUACUGUGCAAUAAUAACAAGGAAAACCGAAGGACAGUUCUUCAGAUGUCUGUGUGGCAAGAAUGGCUGAUAGCCAUGGCUUAUAUUCAUCCUCAAAAUGCUGAGGAACAAAAAUUAUCUGACAUGGUUUAUUCGUUAUUUCGUAUGCUGCUUCACCAUGCAAUAAAAUACGAAUAUGGAGGGUGGAGAGUAUGGGUAGACACUCUGGCCAUUGUACAUUCAAAAGUGUCUUUUGAAGAGUUUAAGUUGCAGUUUUCUCAGAUGUAUGAGCAAUAUGAACAGCGUCGUUCAGACCAUCUUACUGAUCCUGCUCUUCGCAAACAGAAACCUAUUAGCACAAUCUCUGGAUUGGACAACAACAACCACCGUGCCUUAAAUGUUGUAAAUCCACCCAGACCUGAUAUCGUCCAUAAAGAUUUGAAUGAAAAUGAAUCUAAAGUAGAGAGUUCUAAAUUGGUAAUUCAAGAUUCAUCAUCAUUUUCUGGACUUGAACAUAAAACUUCUGUUAUUGAAGAAGUAUCAGACAGUGCCAAGAGUUCUUUGCCAGGGCCAUUGUCAGUUCAUGGUGAAGAUGCCGUACAGCAGUCUACCGUUAUACAAACAUCACAAGUUUGUGAAGUGGUGAAGAAGCCCAAUUAUAACAGCAGUUUAUGUGAAGCUCUUCUGACAGCUGAUGAUCAUCGACCUAUACCUGUUACAUCCGAAGAUAAUACUCUGAUGGAGACAAUGGCUAUUACAUCUUGUGCAACUGAUGCUAUCACAAGUUCUGAACAAAAUCAGGUGCUAACUAUUGACGCAAAUGAAACAGAAGUCUUGAAUAAUGCCGAAGAAGUUGAAUCCAUUAAUGGUGCCAAAACUGAUGCUGAAAGUGCUCAAACAAAUUCUCCUAGUGACUCAGGGUUUGUUUCUCUAUCAAUAGGAGAUUCUGAUGAACAUAAAAUAAAAUCAACUGCAGAUGAUGAAGCCACAUGUGACAAUGAAUUGACUCUUGAUGAUGAAAGCAUUGCCACAGGAAAGUCUCCAGAUGAACUGCCUCAUGAAAUUUUAGAUGAUGGGGUGAAACCUUUUGAACUUGCUGAACAUAUAACUGAUAGUAUAACAAAUGUUGACAAUAUUCAGAGUGCAUUAAAAGAAAGCUCUUCUGAUGGUGAUUUUAUAGAAAAUACGGAAAAUAUUUGUGCUUUAAAAGCUGAUGAAAGGAACGCUGAACAAAAUAUUGAAAUUUCACAAAUAGAACAACAGUCGCCUAUUUCAGAGGAUAAUUCUUUGUUUGAUCCAUCACGUAGUGUUGAUGAGGCUGUAACUGAAAGUUUGAAUAAUAUUAUUAAUGCAAUAAAUCUGGAAGAAAACUAUGUUGAUGUUGAAAGCAAAGGUGUGCAAAGUCUGAUAAGUCAGGAAUGUGCACAAAAUAAUGAAAUUUCAGUGAUUAGAACUUGUUCCAAUGAGCAUCUUUCAGAAACAAAUCUUCCUUUAUCUCUAGAAUCAAAUGUUGUGAUGGAUAUGAAUACUGAAGCAGAAAAUAAUGUUGAUAAAAGUGAGAAUGAAAAUUCUGAGUUAUCUCAUUUUGAUCUUGAAAAUUGUGAAAAUCAGAGCUUAGGUAAUUCAGUUGAUGAUUCUGCUAUAAGUAGUAUUCAUUCUCCAUCACAUGUUAGUUUGCCUGAGGAAGAGACUGCUGAAUCACUACAUGUAGAUGAUAUUAGCAACAAUGUUUCAUUAAUAAACCAGGAAAAUAUAGAGGAAGAAGGACAUGAAUAUGGUUCUAUCCAUGAAGGUACUCCAGAAAAAAAUAUUCCAGCAUCUGAGCAUAACAUUACAUCAGUGUGUGGUACAGAAGAGUCGCAGGAGGACAAUUCUGUGCCAGAAUUUAUUCAAGAAGUGACAUCGGGUAAACAAGAUUUAAAUUCAUCUCUGCAAGCAACAGAACCUCAAAGCAAAUGUGAUAAUGAUAUUGUAGAUCAUAAUGACACAUUCACGUCUCCAAAUGUAAAUUCUGAAGGUAAAUCUACCACAUCAAGCUCUAUUCAGACAUCAGUUUGUGAGGUAUCUUCAGAGGCUUCUGAAAGUGUAGAGAAAAGCUCAACAAAUGAAGCAAAUAUUACUGAAUCUGUGCCGUUUAAAGAGCGUGAAGAAGAGGAAGAGGUAGUAAAACCUACUGGUAUUAGUACUAUUGAAGGUCAGUUAGAAAAGGAAAGGAGACUCAUGUCUGAACGCGUUGGUGAAACAGUUGAUCAAAAUUUAAAUGCAUCACAAAGUAUUCUAAAUAAAAAUAGUGCUGAAUCAUUAUCAUCUACUGAAUCAGUAAAUGAUAAUGUUGUAAGUAUUAGCAAUACAAAUGUGGAUGUGUCUACAUCUCAAAAUACUGUGAUCCCUUCUGAAACAGAUGUAGCUCCCACAAGAAGGCCACGAAGUGUGACUAUUCCCCGUAAACAAAUCAGCACUCAAGUUCAGAGACCAAAAUCUAUGUCUUUAAAUCAAAGGCCAACAAAUAAUAAUGGAAGGCAGAUGUUUAAUUCAGGACCUACAAGACCUCCAUUUCGUAUUCCUGAAUUUAGGUGGUCUCCUAUCCAUCAACGGCUUUUGUCCGAUUUAUUAUUUUCUUUGGAAACUGAUAUUCAAGUGUGGAGAAGCCACACAACUAAGACUGUGAUAGACUUUGUCAACAGUGGUGAAAAUGCUAUAUUUGUUAUUAAUACAGUUCAUUUGAUAUCUCAAGUUGCAGAUAAUAUAAUUAUUGCUUGUGGAGGACUUUUGCCAUUAUUAGCAUCUGCUACAUCACCAAAUCAUGAACUUGAUGUUAUUGAACCCACCCAAGGCAUGUCAAUUGAAGUUGCUGUAGCUUUUCUUCAGCGGCUUGUUAAUAUGACAGAUGUUCUAGUCUUUGCAUCAUCAUUAAGUUUCAGUGAAUUGGAAGCUGAAAAGAAUAUGUCCAGUGGAGGAAUACUGAGGCAGUGUCUUAGAUUAGUUUGUACUUCUGCCGUGCGGAAUUGUUUGGAAUGUAGAGAAAGAAGCCUACCUCAGACACCUGUAAUUCCUCACCCAAGUAACAACAUGUCAAGGGAUGUUCCUCGUCCAUCACCUAUUCAAGCUUUGAUUGGAGGGGUGCAGCCAUCUGCCAAGAAUAUUGUGGAGAACCUUGGGGGACAGAGCAGUCCUAUUCGUGAUCCUGAAAAACUCCUUCAAGAUAUGGAUGUUAAUCGUUUGAGAGCAGUUAUUUACAGAGAUGUGGAUGAAACUAAACAAGCUCAAUUUUUAGCAUUGGCUGUAGUUUACUUCAUAUCUGUGUUGAUGGUUUCUAAAUAUCGUGAUAUAUUAGAACCUCCACCUCCACCAGCAUCUUCAUAUUCUCGUCCUGCAGUAACUGCUGAAGCAACUCAUUGCACUUCUUCAGUACCUUCAGUGUCUUCAUCUACAUCUCAGACAGCCACUGAUUCAGAAUCCAGGAGUAAUGGGCGGCUGACUGAAUCUGGUAAUGUUUGUAAUGAGGAUGCAGAGGAUGAAGUUAUUAUUGUUGAAGAUACAGAUUCUAGUAUACUAGCUCAUCUACAUUCAUCUGGAGCUCCUGUGCCCACUGUAAUCAGGACACAGAAAACGAAAGGUGAUCAUAAUUUGAGAAAUGGAAGUGAAAUACUGACCAAUGGUGCUGGAGAUGGUAGUCCAAGAGUUAAUGGGGAAGUUACAGAUAAAAAUGUAGAAAGUGAUUCUACAAACCUGGCACCAGCAGGGAAAGACAAUUCUAUCUGUGUUUCUAAUUCAGAUCCAACAUUAAUGUCAACAUCACUUACUCAAAAUGGUUUUUCAAGGACUAUUGAAUCAGUUGAUGGCUGCCAGCAAUCUCGUCCUGAUGAUCUGCAUAUCACUACGUUGGGCAGUGCUGACGACUUUCAUAUUUUAAAUUCACCUCUUUCUAGAGAGGCAACACUCACACAGAAAUUAGAAUCUGCUCUUGGUAGUGUUUGCCCAUUACUACGGGAGAUCAUGUUAGAUUUUGCACCCUUUUUAUCCAGGACGUUAGUAGGAUCUCAUGGUCAAGAUCUACUUAUGGAAGGAAAAGGUCUUUGUACUUUUAAAAAUAGUACUUCAGUAGUAGAGCUUGUUAUGUUGUUAUGUUCUCAAGAAUGGCAGAAUUCACUUCAAAAGCAUGCAGGCCUAGCUUUUAUUGAAUUAAUUAAUGAAGGAAGACUUCUUUCUCAUGCUAUGAAAGACCAUAUUGUGCGAGUUGCUAAUGAAGCUGAAUUCAUUUUAAAUCGCAUGAGAGCAGAUGAUGUUUUGAAGCAUGCAGAUUUUGAGUCUCUUUGUGCCCAAACUGUGUUGGACCGUAAAGAAGAAGAGAAAAUGUGUGAUCACUUGAUAACAGCAGCUCGUCGUCGUGACAGUGUGACUGCCUGUAGAAAUAUAGAAAAAAUUUUGAACAUUCUCACAAAUAAACACGGUGCAUGGGGAAACAAAACAAAUGCUAUAAUAAGGGAAUAUCUGAAGUUAGAUUCAUGGGAAGAUGAUGCACGGAGAAGAAAACGUUUUGUUCAGAAUCCCUAUGGAUCUAGUCAUCCUGAAGCCACACUGAAAGCAGCAAUUGAGCAUGGGGCCCCUGAAGAUGCAAUUCUGCAGGCUCGAGAAGAAUUUCAUCAGCAUCUUGCUCUCACUCGCCGGCAACAGCAACAUCAUUUGCAAAGUAGUGACUUACUUGAUGAUAGUGAUUUAUGGGAUGAUAAAGAUCUUGAUGCUGAACUAGCUGGUCCUGUCAGCUUCAGUACCAAAUGCAGGCUAAUUGCCCCUGGUGUGGUAGUACCUGGAAUGUUAUCCAUCACCCAAGCUGAAAUGUUUUUUGAAGUGGAUGAAGAUGAUACCGAAUACAAAAAAAUGGAUCCUGAGGUGAACUUGAAUUCUAAAUAA